UAACACUAGUGGAUUGCCACGUUCACCCAACUUUAAAAAAAAAAAAAAAAAAUUGAAAAGGAUGUGCGUGUUUUCCCCAAAGCCAUUCCCCUCCCCCCACACAUUUCGUAAUUCAUUUCCCCCCAAAAUUUUCCCCAAACCCAUUCUCCCCCACCGGCACCGUGCGCCCCUUCUCUCCACCGCGCGUUUCCCCGCCGUGCACUGAACUUGUGCGUGUUUUCCCCAAAACUCGUGUGAGAGCUCUCCCUCUCUCACGCCUUUCUCUCUUUCUCUCUCACGAGUUUCUGUACGUCUUUGCAAAAAAAGGAAGGGAUUACGAAACAAAGGAUGUGGUCUGAGGGGCACUUUACACAUGUCUAAGAUUUAUUUGAUAGUGGUGGAUACACGAAGUGGUUUUGCCUUAGAAGAAUUCAUCAUUAUACAAAAAUAAAGUUGGACUUGUUGACCCAGAACAUAAAGUUGGGUUUGUUGACUGUGUACCCACGCUCUCUCUCUCUCUCUCUGUGUCAUUUCUGCUGUUUGUCCGGUUCCUCUUCCAACCCAGACACGAAAAUGGUAGCCGAACCCCGGAGCUCUGAUCCGGUGGAUCCGCUUUCGGCCUACUCGGGUCUCGCCCUCUUCCCCAGGACCUUCGGGGUCGCACCCGACCCGUCGAAGCCGUACGACCCUGACACCGACCUUGACGCCAUCCACAACCACCUCAAGUCCUUGGCCUUACAAUGUCCUAAUAAAUUUCUGGAGGAGGCGAAAAUGGUUCUAGAUGGUAGUUCAGAACUUGCAAACUACUCGGCAAUUAAAGAGAAAAACGUUGGUGCUGUAGAGGAUAAGGAAAGUCUCCAAGCAAGAAGGCCAGCAUUGGGCCGUAAGCGGGCUCGUUUCUUUUUAAAGUCUAAUUUGAUUCAACCUACUGAGAGCUUGGAACCAAGUUUGGACAUUGAACAACUAAAAGACCCGGAGGAAUUCUUCUUGGCCUAUGAACGGCUUGAAAAUGCCAAAAGAGAAUUACAGAAGCAGAUUGGUGGUGUUUCAUUGGAUUUAAAUGAGCAUAACCCAUCCAAAACUGCACGACAACGUCGACCAGGGAUUCUAGGGCGGUCAGUUAGAUACAAGCAUCGCUAUUCAUCAGUGAUUUCUGAAAAUAAUGAGAAUAUUUUAUCUUCUCAAGAGACAUUUGAUUCAGGCAUUGUCAGCCCAACUAAUGACAUCUCACAACGCAAAACUGAUCAUGAUUUAGCAUCAAAGGAGAGGUAUAUAGCUGGUUCAAUGGACAAUUCAGAGAACAGGGUUAGUGAAAUCUUAGAUGAAUUGCUAUCUGGCAAUUUUGAAGAUCUGGAAGGGGAUAGAGCAGUCAGUAUUUUACAGAAGCGCUUGCAGAUCAAACCCAUUGAUUUGGGAAAGUUAAACCUUCAAGAAUUGCGAGAUAUCCAAAAGAUUGAUUUGAAAUCUUCAAGACGAAACAUGCCAAGGCCUCGGAAAGCUUUAGCGGACAUUGAUAAUAUGUUAAAAGGGAUUAGUAGUAAAUCACAUGUGAAGCUCAUACCAGAGGCAAAAAGCUCUUUUCAUCAUAUAUCUUCACCCACACCCUCAUCAAGUCUUUCUGCUUCAUUAUCUGUGUUACAGAGGCAAAUUUUGAGUUCAAAGUCAUCAAGUGAUCCAUUUCCGAAUCCUGAUUUUGGCCACUCACCUACAAAAAAUUCUUCUUCAACUGAAUGCACGUUGAAAGAGUCUGACCUGGAUCAUACAGGGAUGCAGUUGAGCAAUUGUGAUGAGUUGAAGUCACCCUUAGUUGAGGAAGAUAACAUUGAUAAUCUGUUAAACGGGGUUAGCAGUAAAACACUUGUGAAUCUCAUACAAGAGGCAAAAAGCCCUUUUCAUCAUAUAGCUUCACCAACACCCCCAAGAAGUCCUCUUGCUUCAUUAUCUUUGUUACAGAGGCAAAUUUUGCGGUCAAAGCCAUCAAAUGAUCCAUUUUCAAUUCCUGAUUUUGGCCACUCACCAGCAAAAAAUUCUUCCCCGAUUGAAUGCAUGCUGAAAGAGUCUGACUUGGAUCAUAUAGGAAUGCAGCUAAGCAAUUGUAAUGAGUUGAAAUCACCCUUAGUUGGGGAAGAUGACACUGCAAUUGCUGAGAUAGAUUCACAAGAUGUGGCUAUUGAAGAUGUUACUUGUACAUCUGAAGCAAUUGUGCAUGAUAAUUCCAGUAAACUUUCUUUUCGUGUUGAUGUUGGCUCAAGUGGAACUCAUGUUGACAUGGAGGACAAUCUUGGAGGCACUAUGGAUAUUGAAGUUAUAGAUGAGCAAUUAAGUAGGCAUGAUGCUGAUAUUGAUGCCCAGGAAAUUGGAUCCAAUAAAUUGGAGGACAAGGUAGAAGACAUGCUACAGGAACCAGUGGAGGCAGUGGCUUCUCUAGAAUGUAGUGUUAACAUGGUGGACGCAACUGGGGAAAAUUCGAACUACAUUCAGACUCCAUUGGAUCAAUCAAAUCCUGCUGUGGUUGAAGACCAUGCAGUGCAUGGACUCUCCCAAUCCCCAGAUAAUGUCCCAGAACAGAAUAUAGAGAAAAUCCAGGAAAGUAUCGAGGUGUCAUUGAAUGCGCAAAUCAAUGCAAAAUCACGUCUGCACAGAGAGCGCAAGAGUAAAGAACGUUCUCACAGGCAAAGCCUUGCAGGAGCUGGUUUAUUGUGGAAAUCUGGGGUAAGACGAAGCACCAGGAUCAAGACAAGACCUUUGGAGUAUUGGAAAGGAGAAAGGUUACUAUAUGGUCGCAUCCACCAGAGUUUGACAACAGUUAUUGGGUUGAAGUAUGUUUCUCCAACAAAGGGUGACGAUGGAAAACCUGCUCUCAGGGUGAAAUCUUACGUCUCGGAUGAAUACAAAGAGCUUGUCGAACUUGCAGCUCUACAUUGAGAUGAUUGAAAUAUGAAGAAAUAUUUGGUACCCCAUCAAGUUUUCUUAUAUCUUGUCUCCUGAUACCCUUUUUAUCUACUUGUCUCGGAUAUGUGGAAAGAAGGCUUGUCUGUAACUAGUUACAGUUCUAACGGUGGUAAAUGGUCAUUUACUUGUUGUGGAUAAUUAGCUUCUAUGCCAAAAUUUCAUCAGUAUAUGUAAGGUGAUUGAGUUAUUGCAUAUGUUCAUGGUGUUCUUCUUGAUUUUCCCCUCCCCCCAAGAAAAUGUCAUAGGAUUGGACUUAUUUUCAGCAAAUAACUCAUUUGAAGAUUUGGAAUUGAAGAAGUCAUUUGGAUCAGGAAAAAAAGGUGUAAUUUUCAAAGCCUGCAUAA